AUGUUGAAGCAUCUAUUAUUUUUUAUCACUACGAUUCUAUGCAUGAUUCUUUGCUUUCUGAAAAAAUUUUGCUCACGCAAACACAAACGCUAUCCACCAGGACCUUUUCGGCUUCCUUUAAUAGGAAGCGUGUGGCGGCUUGGGAUUAGCCUAUCGGAGAAGACUUUCACUAAGCUUGCAAAGCAAUAUGGGAAUAUUUAUUCUUUGUGGGUAGGGAAUUAUCAUGCUAUAAUCCUCUCUGGAUACCAAGCUGUGAAAGAAGGAUUGAUUGACCAUUCAGAAGCCUUUGCUGAUCGUCCGCUCACACCUUUUGUUUUAGCUGUUUUCAAAAAUAGAGGUAUUGUCUUCUCAAAUGGUCACAUCUGGAUGCAGCAAAGACGGUUUGGUGCUGUUACCAUGAGGAAGCUGGGACUAGGGAAAAAAGGCUUGGAAAGUCAAAUCCAAGAGGAGGCCCAGCAGCUGAUCGAGGUCUUUGCACAUACAAAGGGGCAGGCAUUUGAUCCAGCACUACCCAUCACAAAUUCAGUCUGCAACUUAAUCUGUGCUGCAACUUUUGGAGACCGGUUUUCCACUGAUGACAAGAACUUCCUGGAGUUGAUGGAAGCAGUUCAGGUUUCCUUAAACUUUGGAGGCAGCAUCUGUCAUGGUCUCUAUGAAAUUUUCCCACGUAUCAUGGAACAUCUGCCAGGCCCUCACCAGACUGUCCUAUCUGCACUUAAGAAGGUUAUUUCAUUUGCAAGGAAGCAGGUUAAACAGCAUAAGGAGAACCAGAAUCUGCAUGAGCCACAGGAUUAUAUUGAUUUCUAUCUGUUUCAAAUGGAAAAAAGCAAGGAUGAUCCCAGUUCUACCUAUCACGAAGACAAUUUGGUUCAAUGCAUUUUUGACCUCUUUAUUGCUGGGACAGAGACAACUUCAGCUUCUCUCCAAUGGGCAGUGCUACUCAUGGCGACUCAUCUGGAUAUACAAGAUAAAGUCCAUAAAGAAAUAGAAGAUGCUUUGGGUUCAUCUCACUCAAUACGUUAUCAAGAUUGGAAGAAACUGCCCUACACCAACGCUGUGAUUCAUGAGAUCAUCAGAAGCAAAUACAUCUUUUUAUUUGGGUUACCAAGACAAUGUUUGAAGGAUGUCUAUCUGGAUGGUUUUCUCAUUCCCAAGGGAGCCAUUAUUGCUCCAGACCUGCGUUCUGCUCUUUUUGAUCCUGAACAUUGGGAGACACCCGAGGAAUUCAACCCCAAUCAUUUUUUGGACAAGGAAGGAAAUUUUGUAUUAAGAGAAGCAUUUGUGCCAUUUGGAGCAGGGGCUCGUGCGAGUAUGGGAGAACAGUUGGCAAGACUUGAGAUCUUCACCUUCCUAACCAGCCUGCUGAGGGCCUUCAGCUUCCAGCCUCCUGAAGGAGUGAAGGAACUCCAUGACAAACCUAUAGUAGCAAUGUCGAUGCAUCCACAUCCUUACAAACUCUGUGCCGUCCCCUGCCAAACGACAUCAUAAACUCUAUAAAACUCUGCUUGUUAAACAUGUAAAUGUUUCCUUUAUUGCU